UAAAAUGGUGAUAAAAAUAUUACUAAUUGUUUAAUUUAAUAAUAUUGAAUAGUUCAUUAGUUCAAUCGCUUAAUGCUUUAAGUGGAUAUACCUAACUAUUCAUAAUAUUAAAAAUAUAGUUUAAUCAUUGAAGCACUCGUGUGUUUCAUUUCAUUAUUGAAUUGACGUGCUUAAUUGAAUUUGAAUGUGUAGUGAUCAAACAAUAUUUGUCGUUCACUCCUAAAUGUUUUACUCUGACGUAGAUGAGAACAACUUUGUUGAUGAUAAUAGUCAAAAUGUUUCCGUCAAACUAUACGAAACUGAGUGGAGAUAUUUAUUCAAUAUCACCAACAUUGAUGAACUACGAGUUACUGCUAUCAAAGCCAAAUUAAGGACAUCUAGAUUUAGAAGUGUGUGUUGGCGUCUUUUACUGGAAAUACUGCCACCAGAUUCAUCUGAAUGGUUGAUGGCUAUUGAAAAAUAUCGGUCAUUGUACGAAACAAUUAAAUUGACACAUUACAAUGAUCCACACACACAGGAUUCUGGACCGGACGACCCACUGUCGCAAGACGAAGAUAGUAUUUGGAAACAAUAUUUUAAAGACAUUGAAUUAAAGAAAAUUAUUGAACAAGAUGUGAUACGAACUUCCCCUGAAGUUGAAUAUUUUGGAACGAAAAAAAUUCGAAACAUAAUGAUUGAUAUAUUGUUUUGUUAUUCAAGGGAACAUCCUGACUUGAGCUAUAGACAAGGUAUGCAUGAAAUCCUCGCGCCAUUAUUGUUUGUUCUCCAUUGUGACCAUCAGGCAUUACUUCAUGUUUUGGAACAGUCAUCUUCUGAUGUUAGUGACUUAAUCCAAAAAAUUCUUGAUCCUGCAUUUUUGGAAGCAGAUGCAUAUUCCCUAUUUAAUAUUAUAAUGGAGAUAAUGAAGGAUUAUUAUAAUAUUAACGAUUUUAUCGUAUCAGCUCAAAAACCAACUGAACAUGUAAAGACUACUAGUUCUACAUGUGAAAGUGAAGUUGUUCGAAAACUUUCCAAAAUACGUGAUACAAUGUUGACAAAACAUGACCCAGAACUAUAUGGACAUUUAUUGGAUCUGGAUAUUUCAUUUACUACUUUUGGACUCCGUUGGUUGAGAUUACUGUUUGGUGGAGAAUUUUUAUUAAUAGAUUUAUUAGUGUUAUGGGAUGCUAUUUUUGCGACAUCACCUCAAGACUUUGCAUUGGUUAAUCAUAUUUUUGUGGCUAUGUUGGUCCUAAUAAGAAUUCAAUUACUGAAAAGUGACAAUACAGACUGUUUGCAUUAUUUAAUGAGGUAUCCUCAUGUCGAUGUGAUGACUGUUAUUGAAUAUGCCUUGCAUAUGUUUGAUCCCAAGAUGUAUAUAUUGCCAUCUGUUAUAAAUUCUCUUAAACACGAUAAGAGCGACAACAUAAAAUCUAAUAUUACAGAACACCACGUUGAACGGCCAUCUAAACUUAUUAGUUAUGCACCAAGACCAACCAGAAAUGCAGCAGAUGACCUACUUGAGUUGUGUAGAAUUAAGUUGACGCAGUAUCAUUCCAUUUUAGAUCCAGCUAUCCCUAUUCAUAAUAAAGAGGCAAGACAAGCUCUAACUGGAAUGCUAGAAUUAUGUGGAAUGCUUAGUACGCGUCAAGGUAUCAUAGAAAUGGGUAAAGAUGUUGUGCGGAGUACAACAACUCCAAUUGAAACACUCCUUACACCUGAAACACCAGAAGGAGGACCAUUGUUACCUCCUCCUGCUUCUGCUAUCACUAUGAAAGUAUUUCGUAAGACAGAAAAUUCAACUGACUCACAAAUACAAGGAGCACCAAUAAAAAAUCCAUUAAAACAGAUGAAACGUUUUCAACGAGACAACGACAAAAUGGUCAGGAUGUCGUCUCCGAAGAUUCCCAGAAUUGACGGAGUUCACAGUAGGAGACCUAAAUAGGACGACCUAAAAAUCAACAGUGCAGUACAAAUAAGAACGCCCGAUCAGUAUGCCUGCACUGAGGGAAAUGUUAAAGUCGAAGUACAACGCAUCGACAUAAACGAGCAGAAUUUGGCUGCUGACGUCGUCAGUAUAAAAUAGAAUCAAUUCCAGUGGCGAGAUAGAGGGAUUCGUAAAGCGGGAACAUUUGCGUGAGCGAUCACGACGACAGAAAUCUGAGAGGACGACAAAAAUAUUUCGGACUGUCAAAUUAAUUGGAAAAUUGGAAAUCGUCCAGAAUACUACAGGAAAACCCGCCAAAGUUGAACAGACUGUGCACAGACUUCCACUGGCCCUUCCUGUACACGAAGAUUGCCGGACAGACCAAAAGGGUGACUUUCGUAAGACCAAACGACUUGGUCGAACGAAAAAUGGCUAAAGAGAAAACUUGUCAUCAAGUUUAUCCAUUUGCUCGUAUCCUUUUUUGAUCGGACUGGCGCUGAAACUCACCAAAUGGCUAAUGUACAUAGUUGACAUAUUCAAAUUCGUGUCCAUGAACUUUUCCUACUUCCGGAAGUCGACCGAACGCUUGCGGCGCUAUAUCCGCUAAAACCUGAACGAGAA